AUGAGAUUCGCCCACCCGAAGAGCUCGUUGCCCACAGACUGGAUCGAACACGAGGGCUUCUCCGUCCUCGACAGUGUGCUGGAAUCCCUCCGAUAUGUGGUGGUGAACCAGGUUCCUGCCCCCCGAGUUUUCGAAGUCGCAGUGGACAAUGCGGCUUCGGGGAAAUUGCCGGAGAUGGAUCGCAAAGUUAUAGCCGGCCUUCUGAAGAAAGGCUGUGCAAAAGUACGCCGGCUGCGAGCAAAGACAGAGAUGGAUGGUUGGCUGCAGAAGAAAAAGAAGCCUAAGACGGGCCGCAAUAAGGUUGGCGAAGAGAUCGAUGCUAUGCUUGACGAGAUUGAUAAUGAAGCUCCGCCUGACUGGGAUGAGAUUGAAGAGAACAAAAAGCUGGAGGAGCAGUUUGGUGACUUGAGCCGUUUUACGGCUGAGGAGGUUGAGGACCUGAUGGGAUGCUUGAGUUCUCCAGAGAUGAUUGAUGAGCCGCAGUCUAGCGAUCCUGCAGAUCGUGAGCCCGAGGCGGGCGAUGGAGAUCGUGAGCCCAAGGCGGGCGAUGGAGAUCGUGGGCCCAAUGCGGGCGCUGCCCAGCAGAAGUACGCAGAGGCUCAUUUGAAGAUCUUUGGGUCCGAUGCCAUCACGUUGGAUGAUAGUUCCAGUGAAACCGAUCUGGCUACGAUGGAAGCUUUAGUGGAGCAGAGAAAUUUUGUGCAUCCAGAUGCCGUUGCCGCCGAAAAGGAGGAGCAAGGAUUGGAUACUUCCAAGGGCAAUGCCAAGAAAAGGGCCAGCGGGGACACGAUUCCGGCUGAUGAGGAGGAUAAGAAGAAGAAAAAAGGAAAGAAGGCUCCGGAGGAGCCCAACAAGACUUUCGCCGGUCGCCCGCCGCCGACAACCACGCCGCAUUUGUCCGGAAAAGUCGCGAUGGCGAAAGACAAAGCCGAGCGAAAGUUCCUGGCAUAUGUGUCCGAGCAGGGCCUCAGCACGAUGACUGAUCAGACAGAAAUUGAAAUCUUCUGUCACGAUAUGGCAGUGGCAUUUCUGCUGCACGAGGUGCCCCGCAAUGGCUCUGGCUUCGAGCUGAUGCUCAUCGACAAAGGAGGCAGCCUGCAGUGCUUUAUCGAAGCCGAGGGAGAGGUCACCUUCGACCGGGCUGAGCUUCGAGCUGCAAAGGUGGAGAUAAUGGAGGCUACUGCAGAGGACUCGCAAGCCACACAGCCCUGGGAUGGAACACCGGCACCCGCUGCCAACGACUUCGACGAUGACGACUUGGAAAAGGAGUUGGAAAGGCUUAUGAGCGAAGAGGACGCCGCAACUUCCGCCCAGGCUUCUGAGCCUGAAAGCAAUAGCAAGAUGCAGGCACUUGAACAAGAACAGGCUACGCUGAAACAACUAUACGAAGAAGCUGUGGCCCGCAUUGCUAAGCAGAAGCUAGAGGCCACUACGCAUGGCACAGCAGCAGCAGAAGAAGAAGCCGAGAAGAAAAGAAAAGCAGCAGCAGCAGCACAGGAAGCCGAGGAGAAAAGACAAGAAGCAGCAGCAGCAGCAGCAGAAGCCGAGAAGAAAAGACAAGAAGCAGCAGCAGCAGAAGCCGAGAAGAAAAGACAAGAAGCAACAGAAGCAGAAGCCGAGAGGAAAAGACAGGCAGCAGCAGACGAAGCCGAAAAGAAAAGGCAGGAAGCAGCAGCAGCAGAAGCCGAAAAGAAAAGACAGGAAGCAGCAGCAGCAGAAGCCGAGAGGAAAAGGCUCGAAGCAGCACUAGCCGCAGAGAUAGAAGCAGCUGAUGCCCAGAAGAAACGCCGAGAGGAAGCACUUGCAGCAGAAGCAGCUAAGAAAGCACAAGAGGCAGCAGCAGCAGAAGCAGCAGACACCGAAAAGAAACGGCAAGCAGCUGUUGAGGAUGAAAUCCGAAGAAUGAGGCAACGGAUCCAGGAGCUGACGGGGGAGACGCCACCGACAAUCGGCACGAGCAACUUCAAACGUGCACACAGCCCCACACGAGCAGCACCGAGCCGGAGCUUGGAUCUAUCGCCACUUUCGAAACAACUCAAACAGGAACACGAGGAGGAGGAAAGGCUCAAAAGGGAGGUUGCAAAUGCUACGAAGAAGGCGAAGUUGGAUGAAAUCCAAAGGAAGAAUGAGGCCAUGCGACAAAAGCUCUUGGCCUUGGGCAGCAGUGCUUCGACAAACUCCCCGCCCGCAGCAACUCCGAACCCCAGUGCUUCGCCGGCCCCGGCCGCAACAAAUGCGAACCCCGCUCCUUCGCCGACCCCGGCCGCAACACCUGCUUCGCCGAUCCCACCCCCGCCUCAGGGCCCACCCCCACCUCAGGGCACUGCGGCCCCUCCGACAACGAUCCCAGCAGCUGCUCCUCCCGAGACUUCGACGAGUGAACCGACUGCUGCUGAUGAAGCGAACACAGUGGCACGAAAAGAAGCGGCCGCAGCGAUCCAGACGGAUAUGAUCAAGGAGUACAUGGCGAGUGGACAGGACGUGAACAAGGUCACGGUGGGGAUCAUUUUGAAGGAUAUGAUGGUUGAGCAAGAAAAAAAGACAAAGCAGUCUUUGACGAGAGAACAGGUGUUCACGCACUACGCCCCCAACGAACAGAAAGCGAAGGAUGCCAUUGACUUUGCUGUCCAGCAAGGCUGCCGGGACGAUCCGAACUUCCCUGCUGGUUCGGGGAACCUGCUGUACAAUAUCUUCACAGAGUUUUCCGAGACUGAGCUCUUCGAAAAACGUCGCGAGAUCGAGGCAAGCAUCAAACCACUUGCCUCCGACAACAGACCGGAAGCCAAAAAGCUGUUCUCAGAACUGCGACUUAGUGGCAAUUCGUUGGCUUCGCUUCGUUCUGGUUCUCUUUCUUCGAAAAACCCUUAA